UACACUACCACAAACCACAACUAUGAACUAUCAUCGACAGAGUUGCGCAAAAUUUCGACGAAUAUGGUAGAGAGGUUCUUCUCAAUGAGGCAGACGGACCUCCUCAACCACAACGAAUCCGACCCAAUUAUGCUUCUAUCCGGGCCUCCUUCCUGCGGAAAGACCUCGUUGCUAUUCCAGUUCGCAUUCAACUCCGCAUCGCAUAGCAACCGUCAAGUGGUGUUCAUAUGCAACCGGCGCAAGUUAGAAAGCAAACCCCCCUAUCUGUCUCAGGGCAUCGAUCCGUCCUCGGAUACUUUUCAGCGUAUACAAAUGAAAUAUGUGGAGGAUGAAGAAGGAAUUAAAAAUUACUUUGCUGCAUUCCACCUGCAUGAUACAUUUCCUGCAGCGGUUGUUGUCGAUGAUUUUGGAGACUUGUUUGAGGAAAGGAGCUGCCAAGAGAAAUAUAAUAAUCCUCGCGGAAGAGACUUGGCAAUGGUUCGGACUCUAGCUUUGUGUCACAACGCAGUUAAUCAUGCGAAUAAGACGAGGCCUUGCAAGCUUCUCUUGUCAGACACACACCACGGAGACUCCCCGAGGCUGCUCUUCAUCUAUAAGAGAUGGGUACCAGCCAUUUUUACAGUUAAAGGUGAUGGCUCAGGAUCGUUUGUUCUGACGAAAAGCAACAGCAGCUCGGGGAGUGGCGGCAGCUCAGCCAGGACGAGAACUGCAAAGUAUUCCAUAGCUCUGCAGUAUCUGUUUUUGGAGGGGAUCACCCAAGACAUUGAACCGUAAUGACAAGUCUUGCUUUAGUCAUGGAGAUCGAUGUAGUUUUUAAAUUAGUCUCUGCUGAAUGAACUGAAGUGUGUGAGUUCUACCUUGUUACUGUCAUCAUUAAGUUUGUGAUAUUUGUAUCUUAUUCUACAAUUCUUUUUUUCUUUUAAGCUUUUUUUCCCUUCGACACAUUUACCAUUGUAACGUUGUGAACAGCUUCUCAAGUGGAAUAUUCAAAAUUUCAACAUGCAUCUAA